AUGAGCACUCCUGUAAACAUUACCGAUUACACCAAGAUCCCAACACAGGCUGGCGUUUCUCCAAUGACUUCCGAUCAAACUGAUGAGUCUUUUUGGUCUUCAAAUCCGAUCUCCAGUUUUUUCAUCGAUACUUACAGAAACGUACAUCAACAUAGAGAAUCUUUAUCGUUGUCGAAUCCUGGUAGUGUCGAGGAUCUAAAUAAAGAAGUGGCCAGAGACGUCUUUUUGAAUCAAUACGCUUUCACUGGGUUAAGAGCUGAUUUGAAUAAAGCUUUUUCUUUGAACCCUGCUUUCCAAACUUCUCAUACUUUUUCUAUUGGGUCAACCAAUUUACCUAGUUAUGCGUUCUCUGCUUUGUUUGCCAACGACGAUUUGUUUGUGCAAGGUAAUGUCGAUGCUGAUUUCUCCUUAUCAGGUAGAUUGAAUUAUGGUUGGAAUAAACAUAAUAUCUCAAAAGUGAAUUUGCAAAUCGCACAUGGUCAACCUACUAUGUGUCAGUUGGAACAAGAUAUUAAAGGUUCUGAUUUCUCAAUUAAUUUCAAGACUUUGAACCCAACUUUCCAACUUUUGAAUGCUAGUGAAAUUUUCACCGGUGUUGCUGUCGGUUCUCUAUUACAAAACGUCACUCCAAAUUUAGCAUUAGGUUUAGAAGUUCUAUACUCAAGAUCUCAAUCUGGUACCCCUGCUGAUUCAGGCGUUUCAUAUUUAACCCGUUACGUCUCCACCAACAAAAAUUGGAUUUUUUCGGGUCAAUUACAAGCUAAUGGUGCUGCCAUCGCCUCAUUUUGGAGAAAAGUCUCUCCAAAUGUCGAAGCUGGUAUCGAAACAACUUUACAAGCUGGUAUGAUUCCAAUCACUGACCCUGUAGUGGGUACCCCUGUCGGUAUUCAACCAACUAUCGAAGGUUCUACUACCGUUGGUGCAAAAUAUGAAUACAGACAAUCUGUCUAUCGUGGUACUAUCGACUCAAAUGGUAAAAUUGCUUGUUUCCUAGAGAAGAAAAUUUUACCAACCUUAUCAAUCUUAUUCUCUGGUGAAAUUGAUCACUUCAAACAAGAAAGUAAAUUAGGUUGUGGUUUGCAAUUCGAAACAGCUGGUAACCAAGAACUAUUAAUGAUGCAACAAGGUUUAGAUGCUGAUGGUAAUCCAUUACAGGCCCCACCUCAAUAA